ACUUAAAAAAAAAAAACGGAAGGAGGUGAGGUGUACUAUUGGGUAUUUUGCCCCACACUUUCUUUUUCUUGUACCAAACUUUUAAGGCGUUAAACUAUAGCCUCGCUCUCCUUUUGUGAAUAUUGUUCUUCACCAAUGCUGAAAAUUUAUGGUGUUGUAUAUCCAUUCUAGUUUGACUACUUCAAGAUUUGAAUUCGUUUGAGCCUUCAAUGAUUGUGAAGAAAUAUAUGCACAUAACCUGAUCGAUGAAAUAAGAAAUAUAUGCACACAACCUGAUCGAUGAAAUACCUCAGUGGAUGAGUAUGUUGAAUUUUCGAUGAGGUUGGGUUUUUAGGCGUCCCUAUUGUCAGAAGAAGAAAACAAAUCAGUUGCUGGUUGUUUAAAGUGUAUCUUUCAUGGUAACUUUAAGUUGAUCUUACAAUGGGAAUGUGUAGCGUGAGGAGGAACCUUAUACCUCGAGCUAAGAUGUUGACAGCCAAGAUUAGUGGGGUGAUGCGGUUUCAUCACUGCUCAGAGGAAUUCCAGGACGAGUCUUUGUCUUCCGAAUGGUACGUGAAAGCUUUCUCAAAAUUAACAAAAUUGAACCUUUUGCUGAAAAAUGUGGACUUAGUUGAUGGGAAGUUAGUAAAUGUUAGUGAUCACUCAAGAGUGUAUGAUGAAAGUUUGGAACAAAAGUUAUCUUAUUUUAAAUCACUGGCUAGGACCUUUAUUGGGUGUCCAUCAAUGCAAGAAAUGAUGAAUAAGAAUGUGGCACAAGCAUUAGCUGAUGUACAAUGUGAUCAGCCUGUCUGUUUCAGUAAAGAUAGCGAGAGGGAAUCAAUUACAGUUGAUUCCCUUGCAAAAAUUUCAAACUUCCUGAAUGUUUCUGCACAACAAAGGAAACUUGUCAGGCAAUCAAUAUGUGCACAGGUUACAAAGUACCCCGUAUGGACAGGGACAGUUGAGGAGAUAUUGAAUGGACUAAAAUCUAAUAUUGAUUUUCUAAAUUAUAGAUGUCCGAAUAAAGAUAUUAGAAUGGCUCAACAAAUAGUUACAACUUGUCAAAAGUAUUUAGAGAAUGCAACUUCUUAUGACCCUGAAUCCAAUUCAUGGAUGCGCAUCGUACCUGCAAAAGGUGUGGAGUCACCUGCUUCCCAUAAGUGGGAAGGUGUUCUGGAAAUGUUCGGCGACCUUAUUGAUUGUUUGAGUGAAGAGAAAAGAUUAACUUCGGAGGUAAAGAAGCUUGAGGUCAUGAAAGAGGGGCUUCAUCAGAUUAAGGAUGUUUUCAUAGACAAAAACAUUGGAUUUAAGGAAGCUUGCUAUCAGGAGAGUUUAGUGCAUAAAAAGUUGAUUAAGACAUUGGGACACUCAUCACGGUGUGCGUUCACACUUCUUCUUUAUUAUCUUUAUGGCAGCAUCUGGGAUGUUGAUAUUGAAGUAUGUGGAGGGCUUUAUCCAAUUGGUCGUGGGGAUAAGUUUCGUCUGUGCAUGGGAAAGAUCCUAACGUCUGAUGAGCAGAAUAUGCUGCAGAGCGGGGUAAAGCAGCUAAGCAGAGCUCUGGGGCUUUUCAAGUUUGUAUGGGAAACAGCAGGAAUGAAAGGCGACCUUGAAGUACAAGGCCAUCUGUGGUGCAUUGGUGCCAAGUAUAAGUCAUUUACCUAUAGAAACAAUUUGUUCUUGCUGCAUUCUAUAAGUUGCUGAUGUACUGACAGGGAAAGCUAGAAAUGUGGAAGAUGCAUUCAUCAAUGUGUAUAGUAGGUUAGUAUGUAACAACUUUUUGCUGCCAUCAAAAUGCAUCUCUACUCAUAUCAUUCCCAAUAUGUUACUUAUGAUGGGGAAACUUUGUCUGAGUAACAAGACAAUUAUUACGUCAUUUGUUUGUUACAAAUGGUCUACUCAGACACUCUUAUCUCAUAAACUGUUUUUUCUAUUCAAGUUGUAACCUAUUUUCUUUGAUGUUCUUCCCUUUUAUCUUCAACUAGCACAGGGUGGCAUCAGUCACUUCUUGAUUACAAUAAUUAAGAAAGAAGACUUGUUGACAUGUUCCAUCAAGUUUUGGUAA